AUGCGGGAGUUUUACCUUAUAUUAAGAGGUUUUGAGAAAAAGGUUGACAUUAUAGACGUGUUGGCAAAAACGUGGGUGGGUAGUCUCCGGUAUCGUGAAGUGGAGCUUAUUUGCAGGGUAUUUCCAUCAUUUCCUUUCUGUAAUGAGGCUUUUAUUGCCUAUGUUGGUGUUGAAUCUUCUGGGAACAAAUUUAGGGAAGAAGAGUUUGUGGAAGAUAGUAGGGAGGGGGUUCUCUCUAUAUUGAAUAAGCAUAAAGCUUCUUGGCAAAGUUCUGGCGGCCAUGAUGUUGAAAAUCUUGCUUUGGUUCGGCGUUUGCGUAUGCAGAAGGUUUUUAGGUGGAGUUUACAUCUGGAGAUUUUUGAAAUGGAGGUGAUUAAUAGUCUUGAUGAUGGGAACGGAGACAAGUAUGUUGUCCAUGAAUUAUAUGCCAGUGCGAAUCUUGUUGAUUCUAAACCAGGUGUUGUCUUGGAAACUUCAGAGCGUUUGAAUGUUGUGAUGGUGGGAGUAGUGUGA